AUGGAUUUGGAACAGUUGAGCCUGGAGGAUGCCUCUGAAGGUCACGGCAAGACCUUGAGGAGGGCUCGGGGCAGGGAUGCAGCCGUGCGUCGGCAGCGGGAGUUCACGCCGCAAGAGAAGAAAGACACAGUUUACUGGGAAAAGCGGCGGAAGAACAACGAGGCGGCCAGAAGAUCCAGGGAAAAGAGGCGGCUCAAGGACGAGGCCGUUGAGGGCAGGCUUGCCGUGCUGCUGGAGGAGAACGCCAGGCUCAGGGCGGAGCUGCGGGCGCUCAAGCUUCACUUCGGCCUUUUGCCUGCCGCUGGGGGUCCCCCGACCCUGCCCCUGCAGGCUCUGCUGUGGGACGUGCCCUGGACUGGAGGCUCCAACCCCGGGGCUGAACCACUCCCAUCUGCGUCUGCCCCUAGCAGCUGCCUCCUGAGGCCGUGUUCCCUGAACCCCGGGGUUCCAGGGUGCCGGGGCUGCCUGGCAGCUCACAGGUGGACUGGCCGGGUCACUUCUGCCAGGUACCCACAGGAGCUGGCACUCCCUGCCCCCAGCCGAAUUGACAAGGCCUUGCAGAUCACCUUUCCAGCUGCCCUCUUCAGUUGUCACCUCCUGGAUGGACACCUGGGGCCCAGACCUGAGCUCAGGCCCUGCUGGGGUUUGUGGUCACCCAUGUCCACUGGAUGCCGGGCCUCAGGGUCCUCAGAUGUGUUGCUGACAUCCGCUGCUGAUCCCAUGGGGCUGUCCCCUGGUGUGACCUGCCCUAGUACUAAGGGUCUGGCUCAGCCUUCUUUGCCCCACAAACUACGCAUCAAGUCCCGAGCUUUGUCCAGGGAACCUCGUGGCUGGGAGAGUGGCCAGGGUCCCUGCUAAGGGCUUCUCCUGGGCAGGGCUGGGCCUGCAAAGGGGUGGUUGGACUGAGCAGGGUGGUUGUCUGGGCAAUGAGUGUCUUAGCUUUGACCCAACUUCCGGGACAGAGCAAGGCCUGUUGGAAGCAGGGGAUGCGCUGGCUGGGAGGGUCCACUUCCCAGUGUCCAAAUCAGAACUCUGGGAGGGGGAUGGGGUCCCAUCUUGGAUCCUACCAUGGCUCCCACCCUUCCCUAAAAU